CCUGGGCUGUUUUCAACACUUUCAGCUAUAAUAGCAAUAUUUUCGGCUGUUCUUGAGCGCCGUCCACGGGUUUUAUUCUUCACAUCACUAACUUGUCCCAACAGCUCGAUUUUUUUCACCAUUUUCUGUAUUGCGGUCCGACAAGGUGCUUCACGAUGACCCAAAAAUGUUCGAGUUUUACGAACCGUCUCUGCCAAAUUUUCACAAUUUUUAUAGUGAAUUUUUAUAAUUUCAAUGCGUUGUUUAAGCGUGUAUCGUUCCAUUUUUAUUAAUGGCAUAGUUUCUACUUGUGAAGUAUCAAAAAAUGACAUCUUCAAAAGUGACAUCACCCGAAAUAGCGGGCUACUCAAAAUAACACCUGUUAUUAGAAAAACCUUAACAUAAGCUUCCAGAGUUUUGGAAACAAGUCAUCAUUUGAGGCGAAAGUAAAUUUUGUAUUUUGGGAUAAGAUGUCGUCAAAUUGUUAGGCGCAAAUCAGGUACAGCUUGUGAGGAACAAAAUCGUAUUAGUACAGUUAAACUCGGUGAUGGUAGAGUUAUAGCGCGGGGAUGCAUGGCGGCUAGAAGUGUGAGUCAGUUAGAAUUUAUUGAAUCAGCAAUGGAUAUAUAGAGGUUUUCGCACAUUCUAGGAAGUAAUUUUAAACGGAGUACCGAAUCUUGGCUUGUCAAGAACGUUUUGGUUCCAACAAGAUCAUAACCCAAAACAGCCCAUCAAUCGAUCGACCUGAACCUUAUUGAGCAUCUGUGGGGUCUAUUACAAAAAAUGAAUUCGACAGCAUACUCGUAUAUUUACCAGUGAGGUGGGUUUGCAAAGUGCCAUGCGGGCAGAAUGGGCGAAAAUUACAACUAAGGAAACAGGAAAGUUAGUAGUGUGUUCGAGCCGCUAAAUAAUGAAUGCAACAUUGCAACCCCGUACUUUACUGAUGCUCUGUAGCUGAUACUCAGCUGAUACUGUGCAACAAUACUCACUGUUUAUUUUUCGUCGAACGUUUAACUUAUUUGAUAGCAGAUGAGAUAAUGGAAAGGAGUCGUGAGAAUUUUUUAAUAAACAUGGACAAAAAACAGGAGGAGAAGACAUAUGAUAAAAGGCUUAUUGUUCAACCAUUGUUCCAAACAAAGAAAAGUGAGGAAAAUGAAAUACUUUUUUGAAACUAUUGCACUAUACCCUGAAGAUAUCUUUUUUACCCAUUUUCGGAUGACUCGACACACAUUUCUUGUAAAUAAUCAAUUUGGAUUAUAUAAAUAUAUGCAUUUUGGUAUUUUAUUUAGAAGUUACGUGAGGAUCUAAGUCCUUUCUGAUGCACAGCUGACACCAAGUAUUCGUUGGAGCAAUCGUUAUAGAGAAAUCUUCGAUCGCUUUAAUGCUGGAAAAGGAACAGCACAUAAACUAUUUUUCAAAACCAUCAAGACAAUAUGCAGCCUCAAAACCGAAAUUUCUUGGCCGAGCAUUAUUCAGCAGCAGAACUUAUUGGAAAGUUUUCAAACAAUUAAAACGAACUGUUUUCCAUUCUUUAUUGAAUGCAUGGACGGGAUUCACUAUCAGAUUAACACUCCAAAGAAUGACGCUAUAAGCUAUUAUGACCGUAUGGGAAAGCAUUCAAUAAUCAUGCAGGCUACAUGCCACAGUAAGCUUCGUUUCUUAGACGUAUUUAUCGGGUUUCCUGGAAGCUGCCACGACGCUAACGUUUGGAGCAAUAGUCCAAUUUACGAAGGCAUUACAACUGGUCAGGUUGAAUUUGUAAGUGGUGCUAUAAUUUUAGCUGAUUCCGCUUAUCCACUGUCUAAAUAUUUAAUGGUACUAUAUAGAGAUAACGGGCACCUCACUACUGCUGACAAAAAGUUUUAUUAUCACCUUAGUUCUACCCGAGUUUUAAUAGAGCAAGCAUUUGGCAUUUUAAGCCAUAAAUUCAAAAUACUUAAUUAUAUUGAUAUAUCAUAUUAUCUCUAAAGAGCGGUGGUCUCACAAGUGGUAU